CAUUUAACACCAUGGAUACGGAUGGAAUUUACUCAUAAGUACUGCCCGAAUUUGUCUUAUUAUAGAUCGACCGCGUUUCGGGUAUCCAUGAAAAUCAGCCCGACUGCCACCCAUAUGCAGAAAAGAAAACAAAAAGGAACGGGGAAAGAAAAAAAAAAAAGAAAAAGCGACAUCGUUUCACUGCCAUGCAAGGGUCGAGAGUUUCGUUCUAAGAAUUGACAAUAUCGAGAUUUAAUGGAGAGCAGACUCGUAGAGUUGAAUUCAACUGAAACCUCAAUUGAACAUGAGAACGAUGAAAAGGAAGAAAUUUACAUAGCCAGAGCUUCAAUAGCGAAACUGAGUGCUGAUUUGGAUAAAGAGAAUGAGAGAAAGGCCAAUCUUUUAAACGAAUUGAAGCAAUUACGCGAAAAAAUCGACAACAAAGAAGGUGCUAAUGGCGCGGUACAGAAGUUAAUGCCACUUUUGGAAUCACUCAAGGGUAUGGAAAGGCGGGAAUUUGUUAUGCAAUCUUAUUAUGAUGCAAAGAAAUCGAAGUUGGAAGCUGAGGUUUGUGAAUUAGAAGAUAAAUGGGAGCGUGGCUGGGAUUCAGAGAAGCUUUAUAAUAAUCUAGAGUGUGCAUUAGCUAAUUCAUUGGAGAAUCUUACUUCUGUUAAGAAGGAACUAGCAGGUCGACUAAGGGAAGUAAUGUCCAUAAAGCGGAAGAUUGAUGACAUUCCAAUUCAGUCUGAACUUAUCCAGUAUGAACGCCGACUUUCAGAGCUGAAUGCCCAUAUUCAGGAAAAGCAUCGUCAGACCCGCAAAUACUAUGCAACUUAUAAUGCUCUUUUGGAGAUUAAAGAACUGAUGCUAAAAGAAACCUCCCUGUUAAACUCAAUAAGUUCGCAGUUUCAGGAUGCCAUUAUAAGUACUGAUGGCCGUAUGAAGUUGAUUAAUUCCAUGGAAGGAAUUGUAAAGGGAAGCCAACAGAAGCUACAAAAAGUUCAAGUUGGACUUCAGGAAGAGCAGAAGGCUUGUGAUGCUCUCAAGAAAAGGUAUGCUGCAGCAAUGGCAGAGCAAAGGCGCUGCUACUCUCUCUUAAAAGCUUUUCAGGAGGAAUGUGCAAAGAAUGAGAGACUUCAGAGCCAAAAUUUUGUCUGAAACAACCCUGCUGCCUCUUGUAAAGUCAAGGAGCUUUUUCAUAUCUAAUGAAAACAUCACUAUACUGCUAAACUAGAGAUUUGCCAUUGGAAAUCUUGGUUGGGUGAUAUUAUGCUUUACCUUUUUCUUGGCUUUGUAGCUUGUGCUUUCAUUUGUAAAGUUGUCUGGAGUUCUUCUAAAUACAUAUGAACUCUAAUUGCGAAAAGAAGCAAGCUUGAUCUAGUGAAUUUUUCAUCUA